AUGUAUCGCUUCUCAAGUACUCCCCGUCUACUACGAUCCUUUACAUCAAAUCCCUGCUCCCAACUAUCCCGUGGCCUUGCUACUCUGGCUUCAGAAUACACACUUUCAGUCUUGGAAGCUCCUUCUCUUUCUUAUGCCCAACAUCACGAUCAUGUCGAUCGUGUAUCUUCUCAACUUGAGCGUACAGGAAUGCUCAAAAUCAGUCUCGGCUUCCGUGACGACUCAAGUUCAUAUCUGAAGCAGCUCCUCAUAAGUCUUCAUGAGAAUCACAAUCACAAUCUCCCUAUAUCUCAUAGUUCGAGGCAGGGUUGGUUUUGGGAUGUCCGUCCCAGCAAAACCAUGUUUCAAGCUGGUGAUCAUCAGGCACGAUCAGAAACAAUGUCCGAAUUUCCGUGGCACACCGAUUGCUCGUAUGAAGAUCCCCUACCACGGUACUUUGCCCUCCAAGUCCUUCAGCAUGAUCGUUACGGAGGAGGCACUCUAUCCGUCAUGAACGUUGAGAAACUCAACGAACUACUCUCACCAGAAAGCAAGGCGGCACUCAUGUCCUCUGAAUUCCGCAUUGAGAUCCCGCCAGAGUUCAUUAAGAAUGCCGACAAAAAACACAUCACCGGAAGUAUCCUCAAGUCUAACGGCGAGUCCACCAUGAUUCGUUUCAGAGAGGACAUCGUCACACCAUUAACGGACCGAGCGAGACUCGCACUACAAGAACUCAGAGACGCCCUCGUGCAGCACGAGGUUCAGGCACACACAACCGUGCAUCUCAAAUCGUCGGAUCUACCGAAAGGGUCUAUCAUUCUCAUGGACAACCGUCGUUGGCUACACGCUCGAAAUGACAUCAAGGACCCAGAGCGCCAUCUCCGGAGGAUAGCUUAG